AUUGAUGCCGCCGCUCACUUGACUGCUCUGCAGCAGCGCAGCUCGACUAUUGUCUCCUUGUCCGUCCUUCUGCCCCGUUCCUGUCAACACCAUGUCGGGCAAAUAUGCCUUCUCCAAGGCCCUCAAGGAGCUGCGUUUCCACCACUGCCAGACUUCAGAGCACUCCAAUGCUGUCCGCUCGUUCCUCACUCGCGCCUAUCCAACGAUGAAGCACCACAACCCAUACACGCCCAUUUUGAUCAGAGAAGCAAUGGGCUUUGAGCCUCGAGUGAUUGCGCGUUAUGAGUUUGGGCGGGAAAAGGCGGAGGACUUGAAGGGAUUGGACGACAAGGGGAUCGAGGAUAAAAUCACCGCACUGGUGAAGGGCCAAUAGUUAAAAGGGAGAAGGGGAACAUCUUAUUGCUUGCGACGAAUGGAAUUGUGAAGCACACUGCUUCUUGUGUACAUGUGUACAGUACGACAGGGCCUCGAAGAACGAAUCCGACGAUACCCAUCGAGCAUCAUUUACUCAAAUCUCUGAUAAGCGCUCAGGAGACGACGCGAUAGAUUCUUGGGUGCUGCGCCUGGCGACGGAGCGUCAAGACUUCGGGCAACAGGUGAUGCGACAGCUGGGGGUCGCAAAUCUCCGACCAAUCGAUGAACACAAGCUCAAGAC